AUGGAAACCGUUUUCAUCACCAUUCAUGAUCUGUCGCUUGAUGCACGUAUCAGGUACUGCUCCGAUUCUAUUGAGGACAUUCUCGGCUACCUUCCACACGAUGUCACCGGCAAAUCAUGCUGGGAGUACUUUCAUCCAGAUGAGAUCCCUUUCGCGCGCUCCAUCCAUGGCCGCGGUGUCAGUCUUGACAAGGCGGCCGUCUUGAACUACUGCCGAAUCAAGCACAAGGACGGUACCUGGGUCACAUGUGAAUGCGUCUUCACAGUCGUUCAUGAUGUCUUGGUGGCUAGCACCGCUGUCUAUCGACAAGGCCCCAAAGCCAGGAAACGGGCUCUCGAGGGAGCUGGUAUCCGUCGCAUCUUCUCUUCGUCGCCCCGGGACCCGAGGUAUCACAUGUUGUCGUUCCUGUCCAACAAGUUCUACCAGGACCCAUCUGCUCAUUUGCCAGAACCACGGGCUGCACUGUUUCUCAAUCGCUUCACACGCACUUCAACCAUCAUGUAUGCCACGGACGGACUGUCUGCCAUUCUUGGCCUCGAGCCCUCGGAGCUCAUUGGGAAGAGCUUCUAUUACUGUAUUGAAGAGAACUGUCUUCAAGAUGCGGUCAAAUGCCUCGAAAGUGCAAAGGCUAACGACUCAAUUGCCUAUUUGAGAUUCUGGUACCGGAACCCGCUACAGGACGAGGAUAGUCCGCAUGCCGAGUCGGUGCGUGCUCUGGACGAAAGCGAAGAAGACGAUGACGGCGGCGUCCCUCUGACGACUGGUGUAAGCUCCGGAUCAAGUGUGUCAAUGACAAAUGCCUCUACGCCACGUCCAACCGAAGAAGCCCCGCAUUUGACAGGCACCCAGGCAGCUGCUCUUACCGGUGCAGAGCGUACAUUGCAUGUCGAUGAGGCGACGCAGUCCCCUGCUGCCCCGCCGCAGGUCGGUUCUGAGACCGCUCCAGCUGGAGGCAACGUCGGCACCCAGAGAUUGUCUUCUGGCAAUCAUACAGACCCUCAAGCUCAGGCUCAUGAUGGAGUUUUUGGUGGUCCAGAGUCCGGGAGGUCCUCGACCGCUCAGACGCUCCAGGAAGAUCUUCAGCCAGAGCGGCUGGAGCUUGAAGCCGUGGUUUCAUGCAGUUCUGACGGUCUUGUUGUUAUUCUCCGCCGCGCAAGACCCCUCGUACCUCAUACGCUCGGAGCGACGGAGGCGCCAUACUAUGCCAACGGGCUGUUCGCCUCUCCCUGGGCCCCGGAGCCGGUCAUUCCUCCUACCAUGGCGCAGGGCGUCGAAUCCCCUUCCGUCGCGUCCCCAACUGCCACGGAAAGCUCGGAAUCCGGCUUCAUGGCUGCCAUUAGAGAUGUCGCCGUCUUCGCCUGGUCACUUACCGGGAUCAAUGGGUCUCUUACGCAGUACGCCCGUGGUCAGGCCUCGGGCGAGGCAUUGCCGCCAGGAGGCCUCCCUGUCUGGGAUCCCGAUGCCAAGACCGAUCCGGACAUGGACCGACUGUUCAAUGGCUUCCUCGGAAGCGUCCACCGACCGUUUGAGGGCAUGGGCGAGCCGACCCCGGGGAAAGAGGACGAAGUGGGCAGUAGUGAGGACGAGGUUGUUUGGAAACGAGUCCCAACAAUACCACCUUGGCGUCGUCCCAAGAGAAGAGGCGAUGAUGCAUUUGGCACGGAUGAGUUUGAGGGGGGAGAUGGGGAGAAUAGAGAUGGCGGGCGGAAGAAAGCAGCCAAAUCGCACAGCGGAUCUGGAUCAACAGGAGGAGCAGGUUCGGGUCCGACGUCUGGGUCCGACUCUAAGGCCUGGUCUACCAGUGCGACUGAUCAAUCUGAUGGGGCCGCGUGA